AUGGCUCCUCAAAACAAGCUGUUCUUCCUCUCUUUUCUCAUCGUUGCCUUCUUCUCUUCAUCCUUUCUUCAUGCAGCAACGAGCAGCUCGGAUGAUUCCGUCAUUGAUUUAACCCAAUAUAACUUUGAUCGACUAGUAACGAAUAGCGAUGCUCCAUGGAUUGUUGCUUUUAUUGCUCCAUGGUGUGGUCAUUGCCAAAGACUUCAUCCAGAAUAUGAAAAGGCUGCCAAAUCUCUUGGAGGUGUUGUCAAUAUGGGACGAGUAAAUUGUGAUAAUGAGAAGGAAUUGGCCCAACGAUUUGGAAUUAAGGGAUUCCCAACCAUCAAAGUUUUUCCAACCUUCAAGUCCUCAAAACAAAAUCCAGAGGAUUACCAAGGUGCACGUGAAUCUGGAUCUCUUGUCAGCACUGCACUCUCACUCUUGAAUGGUGUGAGAGAUCCUGUCAGAAAAAUUGAAACAGAAGAAGAAUUGACUCAAUUUAUUACAUCCUCAGAGGAAAAUGAUGACAGCACCAUGUCAAAGGUUAUUCUCUUCAGUUCCAAGUCGUCCAAUCCAAACCUAUUCAAGUCUAUUGCUGUUGAAUUUACAAGUAAGAAGGUGAAUUUUGCAUUUGUUGGUGACGACAAGUUUUUGGACAAGUUUGGAAUUGACAAGACACCAGCAGUUUUGCUCUUUAAGAACAAUAAUAUGGAAGAUUUUAUCAAAUUUGAUGGUGCCUCAUUGAAGAAGAACAGUCUCGUUCAAUUCAUCGAGACCAAUAUUGAAAAGGGUGAACGUUCCCCAGUGGCACCUCCAAAGAAGAAAAAAACCUCCACUCACUCGGUCACAGUCAUUGAGGAUCAAGAGACCUUCUCAAAGAAGUGUGAAAAGAUGUGUGUCAUUGGAUUUGUUAAUGCUCAAGAUGAUUCACAAGUUUCUACCUUGAAACAAGUUGCCGGAAAGUACCCUGAGAAUGUGGUUGUUCAAGUCAAUGCUGGUUCGAGUGCUUUCUCUGCUCUCAAAAGUGUGUUCAAUCUCGAAGAAAUCGGCAAUGAAGGAUUUGACUUGGCAGUCUUCAGAGGUCACAAGCUCAAGUAUGCCACUAAGCAAGGAGUUAAGAAUGUGAGUGAUGCCUCUGUCUUGUUGGAUAGAGUCAUUGGAGGAGAUCAAACUUUCCACACUCUUUCAGAAUUCCCUCAAGUUGGAGAAGCUGCAAAUACUGCAACCAAGGACGAAUUGUAA